AUGGCACCGUCGUUUGCCGGGUCGCAAGAGGAUGAUGCUUGUUCAGUCUCCUCGCUCUCUGCUUCCGGCUUCCCUCCUUCGGACUUUGGCGCCUCUGCGCUGGCGUAUGAUCUGUCCUUGAGUCCUGGCAGCGAGGGCCUCGCUUCUGCGCACGUCCCGCCUCUCCUGUCGUCUUCCUUGCUGGAUUCUUCGUCCUCACUUCCUCCUGCGCCCUUGUGUCUCGUGUCUCCAACCUCUUCCUCCCCCUCUUUUCUGUCUCCGAAUCUCUCUUGUUCUUCGCUGCCUUCGCCGUUUUCCUCCUCACCACCGCUCUGCGUGUCCUCCCCGCCGGUCUCGCUGUCGCCGCUGCACGCGGACUCUCCGCCACCGUUCUCGUCGCUGUCUUCUUCGCCACCGCGCUCGGCGUCGCCCUCGCCCGCGGCACCUUCCGCGCCGUUCUUCUCGUCUGCUGCAGUCCCGUCGCUCUGUCUCUCCUGCACGCCGCUGUCCUUUCCGCCGCCGCUCUCCUGUUCGCACCGGCCGUUUUCUCCCUCGGGACAGUCGGGCGCCUCGCUGUCUUCCUCCUCUCCGCUCUCGUCGUGCUCCUCCAGCGCCGGCGCGGCCUCUCCCCUCCCUUCUGCGCGCCUCUCCGCGCCGCUCGCUGUGCUGGCCUCCGCCACCUCGCCUGCCGCCCCGCCUGCACAGACGGCAGAUGACCUCCGCCUGCUUCCUUUCCUCUGCAGCCGCGUCUACGUCGAGUUCAACUCGCAAGCGGAGUUGCCUGCGGAGGUGCGGCUUGCCCUCCGCUAUCCACACGGCUACGAGCUGACGCUGACGCGGAAGCAGAAAACGCGCGGCGUCGCGCCGAGCGAUGGCGAGAGGGCUGAGGACGCGGCCGCUCGCGGCGAAGACCCCCAGGGGCUGAACAGAAAACGGGGCGGUGUGCGCGCGAGACAGCGCGCGAAUUGCGAGGUCCCCGAGGCCGCAGAGAAGGACACUCGCGGCACGCUAGGCAGGCGGAAACGCGCAGCGGCAGCGGAAGACGCCGCGGAGUCCACGCGAGCGGUCGUUCCGCAGUCGCCAGCCUCGUCGUCGCCGGACGAUGAACACUCCGCGCAAAGCUGUCUCUGUCCUCUUUGCCGGUUAAGCCGCGCCCUGGAGGAGGCGGGUUCACUCUUGCGGCCUUUCGGGCUCUCCGUGGUGAAGAAUUCCAGUUUUUUCCAGCGCUACGCAGUCGCGUGUCAGCACGCGCCCUCGGCCUCCUCUUCGUGUAGCUCGUCGUCUCCACUCAAGGCGUUUCCGGCUGCGGCUGGGACCACGCCUUGUGUGGAGGAGAACGCACUGGCCGUGGUGCCCUACUCGCCUCCCGCGGUGUCUACGUUUCCGCUGCUUCCUCCGUCGCUCGCCUCUGCGCCUCUCGCGACCAGCCCGUUUCCUUCGCCGUUUCCGCCGGCGGCGCUGCCGGCGCUGCCGGCGCAUGCGCGCGACGCGGCAGUUCUGGUGUGCACCAAGCCCGAGCGCCUGUGCGGGGCUCCGCCGGGAGGGGUGGUGAAGAAGCGCCGCUCGUCCUCGGUUUCCUUCUUGUCUCCCGACCCGGCGCUGCCGUUCGACUUGAUGGAAGACGUAGUUAAGAACAUCAACCGCGGAGAAGAACUCGCAGAUCCGCGUCCGCCUCGGCGCCGAGAGACAGGGCGACCGGCGCGACGCGGAGGACCGGAAGGCCUCCGCCGCGGCCCCCGGGGGGGAGGGGCGAAGCGGCCGGCUGAGGGCGAGGAGGCGGAGCGGCGCGCGGGCGCCAUCCCGCCGCAGAGACGCGAAGACGACGGCGUGUACGACGCAGAGGCUGACACUCUCGAGGGCUGGGUAGACGCCGUCAUUCAACUCCACGACAUGCAGCACGAGGAUCGCCAGGCGCUCGUCGUCACCAAUCACUACGCUGGCAUCUUCUCAAACAACCGCGUCGUCUUGACCUACGUUAGCCACGAAUUCAGGAAUCUGCUCCUCCGCGAGCCCUCUCUCAAGUUUUCCUCUCUUUACGGGCCGCGCACGUCGCCGGCGGCCGCCUCCUCGUCGCUGCCUGCCGGCUCGGGUGUCUCCUCGCGGCCGCCGUCGCUCGCGGCGGCGCCGCUGACGGCGGCGGCUUGGUCGGCGCAGCAGAAGGGCACACGCGGGGCGAUCAACGACGCGCUUCAGUUGUCGCCGACAUUUGCUUUGAAAACGCUCUUCUUCGAAGGUGCGUCGACAGAAGUUCGUCCGCUGCUUCGCGUUCUUCGGCGGCAUGCGUCGCAGUCCUUUUCUUCGGCGGGGUCGGCGAGCAUCAACGCGGCGUCGACGUUUUCAUCCUUUCGCGAAGCGGCGAAGACUUCGCUGUCGUCGCUCUCGAGACGCGAGCGAGAAGGCGAGAAGGCGUGCAACAGGAAGCGCAGGCGGGCGGGAGAAGGGUCGGAGGCAGACGGUGAGGAGAAAGACGCAGGCGUAAAGAUGCCGCGCGGAAAAGGCGAAGAAGGCGACACAGGAAGGAAGCAGACGCCCGCGUCGCCAGCGCAGGAGAUGCCGCUAGUCACGCGGCCGCUCAAGGUGUUUUUUCUCGUCUCCUCCUUCCCCGUCAGAAACAGCCGCGUCCGCGUGGCGCGCGCAGAGAUCGAUGAACGCGCCGUCGAGGACCUCACCACGCGAAAAGCGACGAAGCGUGUGAAGAUCCGCGGUUCUCUCCUGCCGCUGAGUCUCGCUCGCCUCCUCCGCGCUUUUUCGCUUCUCGGCGGUGUGUCGCUGGCGCCCGAUCGCAGAUGCCCGUGGGCGAGCGGCGAUGCGCUCGCCGCAGAGGACGCCAAAAGAGGGCGGAAAGCGGCGAAGCCGCUCGCGGUGCUCCCAGAUCUGUCGCUCUUCUUCGUCUAUAAGCCGCAGCCCCACGCGGGCGCGCCAUUCGCGGACGAAGAGCUGAUGCUCUGCAUCCCACAUCAGUCCGCCUGGCGGCAGUUUCGGUUGCUGGGUGGCGCCCUGAAGGCGAAACAUCCCGCGGUUUUUGAGCGGCUUCGCACGCUGUUUCCUCCAGUCUCCUGGGCGUUCACCGAGGAGGCAGGCGCGCAGGCCGGCGCCGACGCGCUCACCGCGCAGAAACCCAACGCGACUAAAACCCCGGUACUCGCUCUUCCCGCGCCCGUUCCCGCAACGGCAGAUGAGGAGCAUCGUGAGCGUGACCUCGCAAACCUCGUCCGCGAAGAGCUCACCGGCCUAUGCUGCCUGAGUCACCAGCUGGCGCCCGCAGAGGGCGAAAGCCUCUCGGCUCUGUGUCGUCUGUUGGACGGGCGUCAGCUGCUGCGGAUGCUCCGCGACCCGAAAGUGCCCCAGGCGCUUCGCCGCGGCGUGCGCGUGCUGAGCCACCUUUACCCUUACCGCUUUCACAGCCCUGCAGCAGAUCAGACCUCCGCGGCCUCGUCGCUUCUCUCGGCUUUGCUGGACGUUCUCCCUCCUGAGCACUUCAUCUCUGAGCACUUCCUCCACGUCGCGACCUCGCGCGGGCUGCCGCCGCACUCAGAUCUCUUUCCAGUGUUUCGGCCGGCGUGGGUUCAGGAGCUGAAGAUUCUCACUCGCAGCGGCAUCGAGGGGCGCGCAGGCCGCGGUCGCGAGGGAGCCGCAAAGGGCAAGAACGCAAACUUUGUUCUCCUCCUCAGCGACGCGAACGCGAAAACGCGGGACGACGGCCUCCAGCUCGCGCUGCGGUCGGCACUGGCCUCGCGCGGCUGCGCAAUGAUGAGGAGUGAAAACAUCUUCUUCUCGCCAGACACCCUCAUCUCAGUUCUUCAGCGCCUCUACCCGCUCUCCGCGUCAACCCACGAGAGCGAUGCUCAGGCGUUGGGCGAUCAGCUGCCGCUGCAGCGCGUCUCCAUCUUCGUGGUCGCCGCUUCGCAGAGUGUGCUGCGCCUCGUCACCGCAUCGUCGCCCUCUGCGGCCGCCCCUCGCGGGCAGACGGGGAUCGCGAAGGAAGUUGCGGAGGCGCUUCACAGCCUCAAGCGCGACUUCGAGACCUCCCGCGGGGUUGACGUUGAGCUGCAGCUCGUGUCGCCCGGCUGGAUCUACGAAUGCCACCAUACAGGAACGUUGCGGCCGCCUGCCGCGGAGUUCUACCGGCUGCAGUGGCCUUUCGCGGCGGGAGCAGGUUCCUUGGAGGCCGCACAGGCGAGCGGCGCGGCGGCAGGCGAAGCCCGACGCGGCGAAGAGGAGACAGACAAAGAGAACUGCGUCACGGGCUCUCAGCCAGGGAGGAGGGGUGGUCGCUCGGGCGGCAGGGCCUCAGGCUCUGCGGCAAGGCGCGGGGGGUCGGCGAAGGCGCCAGAGGAGACGUGCGAGGCGAGGCCGACGAGCGAAGGCAAGGCGGCCACUGCGACAAAGGCUGCAAGGCCUGCGACUGCAGGAAGGGACAGAGAGCUCGCGUUGCUCUCUGGCGACGCUGCGAAACGGGCGACGACGCCCAAGGGAGACGCAAAAGCAGCCAGCUGCGGCAAAGAACGAGAAGCGUCUGCGCUCAGCGGGAUUCCAGUCGAAGCGAAGUUCGGGGUGUCUGGGUACAGCGGCGCCCUCAGGACGCUGAAUCUGUUCCCCGACCUCCAACUCAGAGACGAAGCUCCGUAUGCCAACCUGCCGUUGUGGGGUUGGCUGGUCUUCGUCGCGCCGUCGACGCCGCUCGCGGAAGAGGACGUGGAGUUCCUCAGAAGGACGCGCGGCCUCUCGCUCGUGUCGCUGCCUGAGAGUCCGCUGGAGAACCCGGUCGUGGUGCGGAAGGCGCUGCUGACGUUUUUGCAGAAAACGCAUCAACUGCCGCUCUCCCGAGUGCCGGCUUUUCUCGCGCGGCUCGUCGUCUUCGCCGCGGUGCUGCUUGAUCCCCAAGCAGAAGAGGCCUACCAAACGCGGCGACGCGAAGCUGAGAAGCCGCUGAGCGACGACGAGGGCCCCAGGCGCAAAGCCUGCCGCGGGAUUCUCGCGCCGGAGGACGCAUCGUCUCGUCACGCCGGCCUAGUUAGCACGCCCCAAAAAGAGAAGACUAGGGAGGCGGCAAGGCACGAUGCUCCCUCUGUGGGUUCGAGACACGCCGGUUCACCAGGACCUGAGGUAUCCAGUCCUCUCAGAUCGCGCGCGUCGUCCUUGCCACUGCGCCUUUCUUCUUCCACGCCACUCAGCGUGUCCUCUGCUUCGCGGCAGGAGAAGCGCGCGCGCGACUCGCGCCAGUCUUCGCCGAUUUACGUUUUGGCGCACACGCCAACCAAGACGCCUGGGACAGCUGCGUUGCGUUCGGUCUCGAGACGCGCCGCCGGCGGCGCAGCGGGCCUGUCUUCCUCGCCGCUGCUGUCGCCUCUCACGUCGUCACCGCUUUCGCGCCGUCGCUCGCAGGCGUCCUCUCCCCUCGCGGCCGCCGCGCGCGGGGCCUCCGGCGGAGACUCCGCGCCAGGCGGCGACGCACAUGCGGCGCACACCUGCUGCGCAUGCUCGCCGCUGUCGCGAAAGAAGGGGCGCGUUUCCGCUUCGCGGGAGAAGGAGGAAGCAGCGGGCGCGUUGUUCUGUCCGCACACGUCCGUGAUUUCGCUCUACGUGAAAGAGAAGUUCGUAGCCGUCCCUGGCUUCCUCGGCAUCCCCGUCGCGCGCCUCUCGUGGCUCGGGGAGGUGCUGCAGGCGCGCACGCUCCUGUCUCUGGAGCCCUAUCUGUUGCAUGCGACAGGCGGGGCAGACGCAGCGAGCCAGUCAGACAAAGAUGCGCAGGCGCCGGCGGUACGGGGCUCCGACGCGGCUGCAGAAGCGGCGGCAGAUGCAAGAAGCACAGCCGUGCCGACCGCGGGGAAGGCCGCGACGGCGAGGGAGAAGGCAGGCGAGAGCCGCGGGCGCGAAGAAGAGAAGGAAACCGCUCCCGCGGAUGCGAGACUUCCGCCCGAUAACGAAGACGACGAAGAGACGCAGCGCAAGGAGGAUGACGGCGAGGCACGGGGCGCGGUGAAGAAAGACAAAAGGAAAAGAGAGAACAUGAAGGAGCGAGAGGAAAUCAAGGAACAAACACAGGGCUCUGAAGAGAAGAGAGCGAAAAAAGAAUAG